CCAAACACGUGUACUCCUCCUGAAGUGGCGUGCGGCAAUAGCAGCAGUGCCUUUGGGAUCGAUCGCUUCCACUGCUUCUCCAGUUCUGGUUAUUCGUCAUCUCUAGCUAUGGAAUUCAACCCGUCUACUAGCACCUCGACAAUACGAACUCUGCAUGCCGCUUUUGAAGUACCAGGGAAUAUCACUGCACAAUCCCAGCCGUCGUCACCACGGUCAAGCGCACUGACGUCUUCCCCAAACAGCCCUUCUGAGUCGGUGUCCUCUUUACCUUCUGUCGGUUCUUCAUUUUUCUUCUCUUCCGCAGCUGCCAGUCCACCACGCUCGCAGCCUCAGUCUGAUCAUGCACGGGAUUCUACCACACAGGGGCUUAUCAUACCGUCUCUGACCCUACCAGCUCCAUUGCGUCGCCCCACUCCAUUCGGAAAAACCCUUGGAGAUUUGAGGCUAAUAGUCGUAGGGAAUGGUGCUGAUGACCGUGAGCUGGUGUCCAGUCUAUUCCUAGACGACAACGAGGAUGUUGUGGAUAUCAGUGGAUGGGAGGAUUUUGAACAUGGUUCGAUCCUAAGAGCAUCAACAGACUGGAUCGAACAUCGAGAUGCUCACGGACUUGAGAAGUUUGAGCCUGCGAAGAAUGUCGAAAUCAUAGCGCUUGCGCGACACGAGUUUGAUAACAAUUCAACGAAGUAUGCCAUACUGCCAGUUAUUCAAUCACCAUUUCACUCAGUAUCUGAAUUAAUUGACCCUCGAUGCCAGCCAUCUGCUGCCCUGGCUAACUUGAUUGCAUCCCCGUGGUCACCAUUGCACACCGCACUCAUUAUCCUAUCCAACUCAGGCCCGUCUGCUUCGGAGGACGGCCCCAUCGACUUACUUACACCCCACAUACCGGUCAUAGUCAUGCGCCAUGGCCCAGAUCAUACGCAUUUUCCUUCCCGCCCUCAUAUGUCUUCAUUCCGGCCACGUUCCGCAGUUGCUCUUCGGAGUGGCCUUUUCCGCUCGCCGGAGACGCUAUCUUCACUACGAUAUGAAGCGGCAGAGCGCUUCCUCCGCUGGCGUGAAGUUGAGUGCGCCGUGGAGGGAAUACAUGCCUGUCACCGAGAAACCGUCUCCUUGUCCUCCAAUGAACCUUCAUGGAAUAAGGCGAAAUGGGAGGCAGAAUGGGAAUCACGAUUAUCCCAGGAUGUUGCUAAUUCUUGCGAGCGUGUGAACCCCGUGAGGGAUCCAGUGCAGCAGUGCUUUGAUCCACUGCACUUAUCAUCACUGGUCUCGUUCUCCAUGUGCCUCCUUGAUCCUGCGAGGAGAUUGCUCAGCACGAGUAUUUCUACUUUUGUCAAUAAGUUGGCAGACAGUCAGGUCCGGAUAGCAAUGGCGGGUAGUUUGUGUUUGGGAAUUGGGAUCGGGAUGAUGAUCCGAUGAUAGGUGGCUUUCAGGAGGUAGUCUCAUGAGCCUUUGCUCGAUUCUCGUAUACAUAUUUGCUUUAAUUUUGUAAUAUCCGUUUCGUUCCACUAUUACUUACUGCGCAUCUAUUAGUGGCAGUCAAAGUGCAUGAUUCAGUUCAGAGGCGAUUCAAAGGCGAUUCAGCCGAUUCAGU